AUGGUGCUCGCCUUCGCCCUCUGCCUCCUGGGCAGCUCCGCUUUGCUCCUGGCCACCGCGGCUGGGGCUCAAGAGGUGACGUGUCCUCAGCCACCAAACAUCGCCAACGGGCUGCACAGCGGACAGUCCCUGGACAAGUUUCCCCUGGGAGUGACCGGUACUACGGCCUGCAAGGAUGGCUAUGAGCUGAUUGGGAACGUGUCCAUCAACUGCACGGAGGACGGGCUGUGGAGCAAGCCCCUGCCCCGCUGCGAAGCAACUGGCUGCGAAAUACCCGAGGUGCAGAACGGGAAGGUCUAUGGGCUGCAAAGCACCUACAAAGCUGGAGAGACUCUUCACUUUGCCUGCAACGCCGGUUAUGCCGCAGAGGACACCUACGAGAUUCAGUGCCAGCCGGGGGGGACCUGGGAUCCGCCAGUGCUCACCUGCGAGAGGGUCCGACCGUGUCCCAUGCCUCCGGGGGUUCGCAACGGAAAUCACAAUGGCCAGGGCAAAGCAGAUUUUACCAUGGGAACGUCUGUAACAUACACCUGUGAUCCCGGCUACUACCUGGUUGGAAAUGCCGUUGUGUUUUGCAGAGCAUCAGGGAACUGGAGCCAGCCCGGCCCUCGCUGUGAAGAGGUGACGUGUCCUCAGCCACCAAACAUCGCCAACGGGCUGCACAGCGGACAGUCCCUGGACAAGUUUCCCCUGGGAGUGACCGUGUACUACGGCUGCAAGGAUGGCUAUGAGCUGAUUGGGAACGUGUCCAUCAACUGCACGGAGGACGGGCUGUGGAGCAAGCCCCUGCCCCGCUGCGAAGCAACUGGCUGCGAAAUACCCGAGGUGCAGAACGGGAAGGUCUAUGGGCUGCAAAGCACCUACAAAGCUGGAGAGACUCUUCACUUUGCCUGCAACGCUGGUUAUGCCGCAGAGGACACCUACGAGAUUCAGUGCCAGCCGGGGGGGACCUGGGAUCCGCCAGUGCUCACCUGCGAGAGGGUCCGACCGUGUCCCAUGCCUCCGGGGGUUCGCAACGGAAAUCACAAUGGCCAGGGAAAAGCAUUUUUUACCGUGGGAACGUCUGUAACAUACACCUGUGAUCCCGGCUACUACCUGGUUGGAAAUGCCGUUGUGUUUUGCAGAGCAUCAGGGAACUGGAGCCAGCCCGGCCCUCGCUGUGAAGCGACCAUCUGCAUAAAUCCACAUAUAGAGAAUGGAAAGCAAGUUGAUGGUCAAGGACUUAUCUUCGCGCCUGGGCAAAUGGUGACAUUUCAGUGUCACGAUGGUUACAGCCUGCAAGGCAGUGCUAGAAUCUUCUGCCAGGAUGAUGGCAGCUGGCACCCUUCUGUUCCCGUCUGCAGUAGACUGUACCAUUACCAGGAGUUCUCAAACAGGCCUGAACUUCCAGGUGGUUGUGGUGCUCCUACAAGGUUACACUUUGCUGAGCUAAAUGAGGAGCAUAAAAAUGAGAUUGAUUUUUCUGUUGGGAAGACUGUGCAAUACACUUGCCGACCUGGAUAUGCUAAACACCCAGGAAUGUCACCUACUAUUACAUGCCUUGAGAGCGGAGUGUGGUCAGAAGCACUAGAGUUCUGUAAAAGGAAACAAUGCAGUCAUCCCGGUGAACCUGUGAAUGGGAAAAUAAUUUCCCUAACAGAUCGCCUGUUUGGGUCAACAGUGGUCUACAGCUGUGAAGAAGGGCACAGGUUAAUUGGACAAUCCAGGAGACGGUGUGAGAUUGCUGGUGGACGUGUUGCAUGGAGUGGCGACAUUCCCACUUGUCAGCGUAUCCCUUGUGAGCCGCCUCCGGACAUUCCCAAUGGGAAGCACACGGGCAGGCUGCUGGAUGAAUUCCACUUCGGCACAUCUGUAACAUACACCUGCAACCCCGGGUACCCACUCCACGGAGAGCCCUCCAUCUACUGCACCACCCAGGAUGGGAAAAACGGCGUGUGGAGCGGGCCACCCCCGCAGUGCGGAGAGGCAAGAUGUCCUGUCCCGCAGGUCAAGAAUGGGAGAAUAGUGUCUCCUAGGACUGCCUACACACACAAGGAUACCAUUGCCUUUGAGUGUGAGCCAGGCUAUGUUCUACACGGCCAGAGUGUGGUACAGUGCCAACUAAAUAACACCUGGGAGCCACCCGUGCCAGUGUGCGAGCAGGCUGGCUGCAAUGCACCUACCAGACUGGCGUUUGCUGAGCUGAAGGAGCCGUACAGCAACCAGACCAUCUUUCCCGUGGGGAGGAAGGUGGAAUACGUGUGCCGGCCUGGGUACACCUGGCACCCGGGCAUGCCGCCAGCCAUCACAUGCCUCAGGAAUCGGACAUGGUCUGCAGCGCUGGAGUUCUGUAAAAGGAAACAAUGUGCUAACCUAGGGGAUCCGGAGAAUGGCAGAGCUGUUGUCCUGACGGACCUCCUCUUCGGGUCCAAAGUGAAUUACACCUGUGACGAAGGGUACAAGUUGGUUGGAGGCUCUCAGAGAACAUGCGAGGUCUCUGGCACACGUGUCUCGUGGAGUGGAGAUGCUCCUGUCUGCCAGCGUAUCACCUGCGAUCCGCCUCCGGACAUCCCCCACGGGAGACACAGUGGGCACUUGACAGGCACCUUCUCCUACGCGGACGUGGUCAUCUACACCUGCAACUCCGGCCACCUGCUGGCUGGAGAGCCCUCCAUCUUCUGCACCAUGGUGGACGGGGAGCACGGCGUGUGGAGCGGGCCGCCGCCGCGGUGCGGAGAGGUGAAGUGUCCUCCCCCUCCAGGCAUCGCCAACGGGAAUCACAGCGGCCAGUCCUUGGACACCCACCUUCCAGGUUCGACUGUGCAGUACACCUGCAGGGAUGGCUACUCCCUCAUCGGGAACGCCUCCAUCAGCUGUACCGCCAGGGGAACAUGGAGCCGGCCCCGGCCCCGAUGUGAAGCAACCGGCUGCAAAAGACCAGAGAUCGCAAACGGAAGAACGACUGGGCUGGAGACCAUGUACAGACUCGCAGACAUCAUUGUCUUCGAAUGCGAUUUUGGUUACGCCUUGAAGGGCUCUCAAGAGUCUCGGUGCCAGUUUGGGGGCACAUGGGACCCUCCUGUGCCCAUCUGCGAAAAGAUGCUGCAAUGUCCUUCACCUCCAAAUAUUGACAAAGGAAAGCACAACAGCCAGGACUUGGAAGUUUUCACUACUGGGAUGGUCGUAAAUUACAGCUGUGACCCUGGCUACAGCCUCCUGGGAGAGGCAUCAAUUUACUGCACUGACUCUGGAAACUGGAGCUUCCCUCUUCCUCAGUGUGCAGGUGGCUGUGGAGCACCUCCAAACUUAACCUUUGCUGAGCUAACUGAGGAAUACAAAAAUCUGAUGGAGUUUUCUGUUGGGGACACCGUGCAAUACAGCUGCCAGCCGGGAUACAUGAGACACCCUGGAUUACCCCCGACUCUGACAUGCCUCAAAAACCACACGUGGUCUGAAGCGCUAGCGUUCUGCACCGACUGGUUGGAGUAUCUCAUAGGCGAUGUGAGACUUUUGGACCAGAUGUCGCAUGGAGUGGUGUUCUUCCCAUUUGUCAGAGUAAUAGUGAAGUGUCUGCCUCCUCCAAGCAUUACUAAUGGGGAACACAGCAGUCAUUUCUCAGACACUUUUGAUGUAGGAGCACUUGUGCACUACCGCUGCAAACAUGGCUUCUCCUUCAUUGGCAAUAAGUGUGUUCGUUGUACAACAUACGGAGUCUGGAGCCACCCCCUUCCUUGGUGCGAAGUUGGCUGUGUGAGCCCAGGGGUUGGGAAUGGAAAAGCAAUCAGAUUGGAGUCCCUCUAUAGGCCUGGAGACAUCAUUACCGUUGAAGGCAACACUGCUAAUGUCCCAAAAGACCUCCACAAGUCCCAGUGCAGGCUAGGCGGCACACGGGAUCCUCCACUCCCUGUCUGUGAUUUAGUGCUGCGCUGUUCCAAGCCUGCAGAUAUUGCCCAUGGGUCUUUCAGUGGCCCGGCAAAAGCAUUUUUCACUCCUGGAACAUCUGUAAGAUACACCUGUGAGCCCGGCUUCUCUCUCAUUGGGACAGCAUCCAUUCAUUGCACAGAGUCUGGAGGCUGGAGCCAUCCUUCUCCAGUCUGUCAAGCUGUGAAGUGUCUCCAUCCUCCAAACAUCACCAACGGGAAGCUCAAAGGCAACAUCUCUGACACUUUUUCCUAUGGAGCAUCUGUAUCCUACAGCUGUAAUCCUGGUUAUUCACUCGUUGGGAACGCUUUCAUCAACUGCACGGUGUCAGGAACCUGGAGCCAGCCGCCUCCUCAGUGCAAAGAGAUCAGAUGUGUAUUCCCAGAAGUUCAAGGUGUUAAGAAAGCCAUAAAAGGAAAUACUUAUCGCUCUGGGACUAACAUCACUCUUGAAUGUGAUGAUGGUUACACGUUGGAAGGCAUCAGUCAGAUUCAGUGCCAAGAGGACUUCAGCUGGGACCCUCCUGUACCAGCCUGUAAACUGACAUCACGCAAGUCUGGUUCAGUAGGCCUAGGAGUUGCAGCUGCAGGAGUCCUGCUUCUCCUGGGGGCAGGUAUCGUCUGGAAAAUUAUUUCUAAGCAGAAGGAAGGCUAUUAUCACACAUAUGAAAACUACAAUUGCCAAACCCCUCUGAAGCAAAUAACUGAACAGAAGUGUUCAUGUCUUCCAUAG